AGCAGCAUGCUUCAACAGAGUGAACAACUCAUGCGAGAGGACUCGACCGACUCCUGAUCAGUGUUUCAAGUUCAAGGUUUUUUCCAGCCUACUUGUCUGCACACCUUUCACUCUCCAGGCAGCAACUCAUCUUCCGUGUCAUUUUCCAGCCGUGGAUACGUGUAAGAAGCGUGGAUGGUUAUGUUUGAAAAGGAGUCAGGACAGCCUCUGGACCAGUCGACUGCAACAGUGAUGCCUUCAAACAAAUACUCUGCUGCUACUAUGGAUGAUAGCAACAACAUGACAGCCACAGCGCCGUUAAACGGAGACACGCCUCCAGCCAAAGGCCUAUCAGAGAACGACAGAGGCGUGGAGCUAACCAAUGAGAACAGCCCUCUGACGGCAGCUGAACCGCCCUCCCCUUUCAGCCCCAAGCAGAAUGGAGACGCCGCCUCACCUCAAGAUGGUAACCAGUGUUCAGGGGGAAGUAGGAAGAGGAGCAGGAAGAAGUCAGAGGAAGAGGAAACUACCUGGGACUCCUACAGCGAGGAGAAGACUUCAGGAGCGCCUCAGCUGGGUUUGAGAAAGACACCUCGACCUAGAACCAUCUUCCAGGCCGGUCUGACGCCGCACACAAACAACAAACCUCGCAGACAGAGCCGCAAACAUGAGCCCAACAUGUUACUGUCUUGUGUUACUGGUCCUCGUGUGGCUGUGGUUACAUCCGGCGGGGUCCCAGACCCCCGCCUGGAGCUGAUUGAGCAAGACUCCAAGGACUCGGCCCAGAGCAUCAGCACCUCAUCCAGCUCUGAGAUCCAGCAGGAGUACAAUGACAACAAGGGUUUUGGCAUUGGCGAGCUGGUGUGGGGAAAGAUCAAGGGCUUUUCCUGGUGGCCCGGCAUCGUGGUGACGUGGCGCGCAACUGGCAAACGGCAGGCCAGCAACGGCAUGAGGUGGCUGCAGUGGUUUGGAGAUGGAAAGUUCUCUGAGGUUUCAGCAGACAAACUGGACUCCAUCACCGCCUUCGCCAAGUUCUUCAGCCAGGUUUCCUACACCAAACUGGCCUCCUAUCGCAGGGCUAUCUUCCAAGCACUGGAGAUGGCCAGUAUCCGGGCGGAGAAUAACUUUCCUCCCUGUGAGUCGGACAAUCCAGAGGACCAGGUCAAACCCAUGCUGGACUGGGCCAACGGCGGCUUCCUGCCCAAAGGAGAGGAGGGACUCAAACCGACACACACUGCCGACAGUAACCCUCUGGACCACCAGGUCCUCGAUGUUGCCCUGCCAGAGUAUUUCCCUAGCGCCAAGCGGCCCAGAGGCAGCCUCUGUAAGAGCAAGGCCGCCCCCGAGGAGUCCUACAGCAGAGAACAAAUGGUGAAUGAAGUUCUGAAGAAUAAAAGAAGUAUAGAAGAGUUCUGUCUCUCUUGUGGAAAGAUGAGAGCAGCAACCUACCACCCGCUGUUUGAAGGAGGCCUUUGCCAAACAUGCAAGGACGUGUACCUGGAGAUUUCCUACAUGUACGAUGAUGACGGUUACCAGUCCUACUGCACCGUUUGCUGCGGAGGUCGAGAGGUUCUGCUCUGCGGCAACGCCAACUGCUGCAGGUGUUUCUGUGUGGACUGUCUGGACAUCCUGGUGGAUCCCGGAGCGUCUAACAAUGCUCGCUAUCUGGACCCGUGGCGAUGCUACAUGUGUCAGCCAAUGCUGCAGUACGGCGUCCUGAAGAGACGGCAUGACUGGAGCCUCAAGCUGCAAUGUUUCUUCACCAGCGACAGUGGACAGGAGUUUGAGAAACCAAAGAUUUUCCCAGCAGUCCCUGCAGAGCAGAGACGACCAAUCAGAGUCCUCUCCUUGUUUGACGGCAUCGCCACUGGCUACCUGGUUUUAAGGGACCUGGGUUUUAAGGUGGACCAGUACGUGGCGUCAGAGGUGUGCGAGGACUCCAUCUCGGUGGGUGUUGUCAGACAUGAAGGAAAGAUCCAGUACGUCCAUGAUGUCAGGAACAUCACCAAGAAAAACCUUCUGGAUUGGGGUCCAUUUGACCUGGUGAUAGGAGGAAGUCCCUGCAACGACCUGUCAAUCGUCAAUCCUGCCAGGAAAGGGCUUUAUGAAGGCACAGGGAGGCUGUUCUUUGAGUUUUACCGUCUGCUGAGCGAGGCCAAACCCAAAGAAGGAGAGGACAGGCCGUUCUUCUGGAUGUUCGAGAACGUGGUCGCCAUGGGCGUCAAUGACAAGAGGGACAUCUCACGAUUCCUAGAGUGUAACCCUGUGAUGAUUGAUGCUAUUGAGGUCUCUGCUGCUCACCGUGCCCGAUACUUCUGGGGAAACCUGCCGGGCAUGAACAGGCCUCUGUGUGCCUCUGGGAUGGACAAGCUGGAGCUGCAGGACUGUCUGGAUCAUGGCAGAGUUGCAAAGUUUGGGAAGGUGCGUACCAUCACUACCCGCUCCAACUCCAUCAAACAAGGGAAGGAUCAACACUUCCCUGUCCUGAUGAACGGGAAGGAGGACAUACUUUGGUGCACUGAGCUGGAGAGGAUCUUCGGAUUCCCCGUCCACUACACAGACGUGUCCAACAUGGGUCGCGGUGCCAGACAGAAGCUCCUGGGCCGGUCCUGGAGCGUCCCCGUCAUCAGGCAUCUGUUCGCUCCACUCAAAGACUACUUCGCCUGUGAAUAGACGUCAGCCAUCGGCAGCAAACAGACGCAACUUAUAAUUACAAACCAGCUCUUCCAUUGUGAUACUGGCUCCAAGGAACAUCAGCUGCCGGCCACAUUUAUGUAAAGAGCUGGAAGUUUCUCUCCACUCUUGCAGGAGAAUAACCAGUUUCAUUACAAAUCAGUGUAGCUGGAAAAAAAAGUGAAAAUAAUGUCCAGCCCUUUUGGGAUCCUGGUGAUAAUGCACUGCAGCCUUAAACACACAUAACACACACUAACUCAGAGAUAAACAGAUAAAGCAUAUUCUGUGUUUCACCCCAUAGUAUCACUGAUUAUGUCAUCCAUAACCGAGGCCAUGAGAGUGCUUCGCCUCUCUGGAGGUUCAGCUGAGUUAAAAGGGAAAGAUGCCAAAACCUGACUCUUUUUGUUGAGUAACAUUAGACCUGUACAGUGAUCUUAACCAGAUUUUCUUUCAUUUAAAAUGCCCUUAGAAGGUAUUGAUUUAAGUUGACAACACUUAGUAGUUGUAGAAAAUAUAGACCAACAUGGCACCAAAGGUACAGCUUUUUAAGGCACUGUAUCAAACUUUUUAUUUUUAGGUCGUGUAAAAAAUUCAGAGGAUGUUUAUGCCUCCAUUUAGCUGAUGAUCAAAAUAUGUGUAAACAGACUGUAAAUCAAAAAAAACAGACAACAAAAAAACUUGAACCAAAGUCUUUAGAUGGACAGAUUUUGGCCUACAUGCUGUUCCACUAGAAUCGGGCAUGAAUGUAUUUUCUCAAAAAAAGGGGCUUCUCUAGAAAAGCCAAAACAUGAUAUUAGGUUUAUUUCCUGAAUUCUAAGAUAACAAAUAUCCACAACUGUACUUAAUUAUUACAAAUAAAUUGAUAAAUAAAACAGAAAUAGCACUCAAGAAAAACAUAUCCCACAAGUCUAAUUGCUCCAUAGGAAAAUACAUUCAGCAAUGGAAGCUAGUGCACUGCAGGCUAACCGGGAGAUGAAGCAGGGUUUGUCUUUAUAUUUAGUUCAUAUUCAUAGUUGUUUUGUUGUUUAUUGUUGUAAAAGAAAACCAACAAUUUAGCUUGUGGACUUCAUAUGAGCAAAAUAGCUUAGAAAGAAAAAAAACCUUUUAUUAAAGAUUAUGUAAACAUGUUUUUUGUAUAGAUAGUGUGAAACUUAGGUUAUAAUGUCACAGAGACAUCUCCCUGAUAGCUACAUACAAAUACUUGAAACAAGCCAAUGCAAAAACACAGAUAUAGAGAUUGUCUUUUGGGAACGAUUCCAGACAGCUAAGAAUUUAUGAGUUAUGGCAUUUAUCCUGCUGUAGAAGUUUAGAUUUUAUCAUUAUAAUAUGACAUUGUUUUAGCUCACUGUAAAGGCUGGAUGCCAGUGAUGUCAUCAACAUUUGAGUGAUCCUGGUUAAAAGAAGUUAAUGUGAAUCCAGGAAAGAGCGAGUGUCACUGUGUGUAAUGUGGAUUUAAAAAGCAAAAAGGUGGGAAACACUGGCAAACACACAAUAAUUAUUGUAAACUACCACUGACUGCUCUUGGUUCCAAUGCGUUUCUUUGUUUCCGAAACAUUUGACCAGAGGAAUGCCAUGAAAAUCAUCUCUAUGGGGCUAGUUGAUACUCUGCUUUGUUCCGUGUGGUGCACAUGCUUUGGUAUACAGUAUGUAUAAGUAAUUACAAGUAACCUAACUGUCUGAUGUGGUGCGCAUUUGUUGCCAGAAGAACAGUUUUCCUGUGAGAUUUCAAACACCAAGUUAUUGCAAUAACCUAGAUUUUUAAUACUCCUUAACAAUUAUACAAAUUGUUAUUUUAUUGCCUACCAUUACAUGUCAUUCUGUAUGCUUAAGCUUUAGCAGGUUCACUAGAAAGAGGGAAUUACUGGACAGUUUAUUUUGGUACCAAUUCUCUUUAUGUGAACAAACUAAACUCACAAAAGAAAUGGUAUUUUCCUUUGAAAUAUCUUUUUGUUUAGUUUUGAUAACUGGAGGAAGAUUUCGAUGUUGUCGACUGUCACCAAAUCGUACUAAAUGGGCAUUACCUCAGACAAAGGGGCAACUGUACAUCACUCCUCCUGUAGGAUCUCUGUUCUGUGAAUAUAUACAUUAGCUUUAUGCUCCCAUAUGCCCUGUGUAUAUAUAGAUAGCUUGUAUUUUAUCACUGGAACUUACAUUUUUACACAAUGUUUUGCAUACUGUAUUGUUAGAAAGGUUUACAAGUGUUUUAACUCCCUUGUUUGACCAAGAACUACAUUUUUCUUUAACACAAAAUGCACAAGCCUUUUUUAUUUCUUUUAUGUUUAAAUGACCAGUUCAUUAAAAAAUGUAUAACUCCUCUAUGGUGCUCAAAAUGCCCCUUAAAGUGCCACCAGGAGCCUUUUUAGUCUAAUUUUAAGUGCUUGAAAAAAAAGUUAUUGUUUACAUUCUUCAUAAGACUGUCGAGCUUGUUGAAUGUUUUGCUUGAAAACAGUACGCAAAAAAAUCUAUAGAGUUUUUCUUUUUCUUUUUGUUCAUACAGUAUAUAUUAACAGUAUAAAGCUUCUUUAACUGUAUAAUGUCAUAGCACGAUAUAGAGCAUAUUAAUCAAUAGGUUUUUGAUAUCUUGUGUUAUGUAGAUGUAAAACCAUUUGAGUGCAAAUCUCUACUUUUUUAUACUACAACCUUUUAGUGCUUUAUCUUUUAUCAGGAUUCCAUUUGAGGAUUUUUUUAUUUUAUUUUGCUGAAAGCUUUUUUAUGGAUCUAAAGUGCAAAAGCAUUUCAAAGAACAGAUUCUGUGCUAUUUUUAUACUUCUUUUGAUAAGUGUUGCUGUAUUUUUUUAUGUUUAUGUACUUCCUUUAGCAACCGUUAUAUAAUUCUUACUCAAU